AUGCCCUCCUCUGUGGCUGUUUUUUCCUGUGCUGGCUACAGGAAGCUCCUUCCCUGGUUGCUAAGGCAACCGAGGACCAUGGCCCCCAGCGGGAGUUGGGGAAGCCUUGGGCUGUCUUUCAGCUCGGCACUGUGCAGCAUGCCCGCUGACCCGCCGCUGACUGGGAGGAGGAGCCAACUUUGCAGAGGAGCUUCUCCUGGACUAGUAUGGGUCCUGCCAUCCUGCUGUCCCAUUGUGAGACAGAGCUCCAGCAUCAGAGCUAGUGCUCCUUUCUCCUUCUGCUGGCCACUUUACUGCUCUGACUCACCGUGCUCCACUACUAACAGGAGCACAGGCAGCAAGAUGUCAUCCUCGUCCUCCACCUCCUCCUCCACCGCUGCAGAUGGACAAGGAAAGCCUAUGCCUAAAUCCCCGUUUCACAAGAGGGCGAGCCUGCAGAGCACCACCAGCCCUGAUCUUUGUGGUGCAUCUGGGCCCAAGCCCCUCAAAACCCAGCGAUCCCUUCCUGGGACGCCUGUGUCUCUCACACACUGCCCAAUCGACCUGCGAACAUCAAUGGAGGAAAAGUACAAAGAAAUUGCUGAGGAGCUGUUCACACGCAGCAUGACGGAGAGCGAGAUGCGGAGUGCUCCGUAUGAGUUCCCGGAAGACAGUCCCAUCGAACAGCUGGAAGAAAGACGUCACCGCCUAGAGAGGCAGAUCAGUCAGGAUAUUAAGCUUGAGCCAGAGAUCUUGCUCCGUGCCAAACAGGACUUCAUGAAAAUCGACAGUGCUGCAGACCUAGAGUUAAUAAUGAAAGAUGCAAGUGUGGACACUGUUGAUGAUGCCUUUAAGGAGCGAGAAAUGCCCAUGGAGAGAGAGUACCAGCGGGUCUCAAUAUCUGGAGAGGAAAAGUGCGGGGUGCCCUUCACUGAUCUAGUAGAUGCUGCUAAGUGUGUGGUGAAAGCACUGUUCAUCCGGGAGAAGUACAUAAACUGCUCCCUGCAGAACUUUUGUAAGACCACCGCUCACGCCUUGCAGGACCUUGGGAUGAAGACUCUGGAUCUGGGAAUUUAUGAAGCUGUACCAGAGACCCCUGUAGAUGCUGAUGCCCCUGUCCAUCCACCUGUUUCUGAAACACACCCUUAUGACAAUCAGGACCCCAAGAACAUGCCACCAGAUACAGGAUAUGGCUGCAAGAUGGUGGAUGGAGUAGUUCAUGUCUACACUAAGAAAAACAACAUGGACAAAAGUGCAGAACUUGACCUGCUGUAUCCUGACCUCAAAGAGUAUAUUGCAGACAUGAAUGUGAUGAUGGCUCUCAUUAUCAACGGGCCAGUGAAGUCUUUCUGCUACCGUCGCCUACAGUACCUAAGCUCUAAAUUUCAGAUGCACAUCCUCCUGAAUGAGAUGAAGGAGCUGGCAGCCCAGAAGAAGGUUCCUCAUAGAGAUUUCUACAACAUAAGAAAGGUGGACACACACAUACAUGCCUCAUCCUGCAUGAACCAGAAGCACCUGCUGAGAUUCAUUAAGAGAGCCAUGAAGAAAUACCCCGAGGAGAUCGUUCACAUUGAGCACGGGCGUGGUCAGACCCUCAAGGAGGUUUUUGAGAGCAUGAACCUGACGGCGUUCGAUCUGAGUGUAGACACGCUCGACAUGCACGCGGACCGCAACACAUUUCAUCGGUUUGACAAGUUUAACGCCAAAUACAACCCCAUUGGAGAAUCCAUUCUCAGAGAGAUCUUCAUCAAGACAGACAACCACAUUGAAGGGAAAUAUUUUGCACAUAUAAUUAAGGAGGUGAUGUUUGAUUUGGAGGAGAGCAAGUACCAGAACUCCGAGCUGCGUCUGUCCAUCUACGGCCGCUCCAGAGAUGAAUGGGACAAUCUGGCUAAGUGGGCUGUCAAACACAGAGUAUAUUCUGAUAAUGUGCGCUGGCUUGUCCAAGUGCCCCGUCUGUUUGAUGUGUACCACACAAAGAAGCAGCUGGCCAAUUUCCAGGAGAUGCUGGAGAAUAUCUUCAUGCCUCUGUUUGAAGUCACGGUCAACCCCCGCAGUCACCCUGAGCUGCAUCUCUUCCUGGCGCAUGUGGUGGGCUUUGACAGCGUGGACGAUGAGUCCAAACCUGAGCACCACAUUUUCAAUCUUGACAGUCCUCUGCCAGCCAACUGGACAGAAGAAGAUAACCCGCCCUACUCUUACUACCUCUACUACACCUAUGCCAACAUGAGUGUGCUAAACCACCUGCGAAGGCGGCGAGGUUUCCAUACGUUUGUGCUGCGCCCUCACUGUGGGGAAGCGGGGCCCAUCCACCACCUGGUGUCAGGUUUCAUGCUGUCAGAGAACAUCUCUCACGGUCUGCUGCUCCGAAAGGCUCCGGUGCUGCAGUAUCUUUAUUACCUUGCUCAAGUUGGCAUUGCCAUGUCACCACUGAGCAACAACAGCCUGUUCCUUAGUUACCACCGCAACCCACUGCCAGAGUAUCUGUCCAGAGGCCUUAUGGUCUCCCUGUCCACUGAUGAUCCUCUUCAGUUCCACUUUACCAAGGAACCUCUGAUGGAGGAAUACAGCAUUGCUACUCAAGUGUGGAAACUAAGUUCAUGCGAUAUGUGUGAGCUGGCACGAAACAGUGUCCUCAUGAGUGGAUUUUCACACAAGGCCAAAAGCUACUGGUUGGGCCCAAAUUAUGCUAAGGAGGGUCCCGAGAGCAACGACAUCCGCCGCACCAACGUACCAGAUAUCCGUGUGGCGUACCGAAGCGAGACACUCACCGAGGAGCUUCAUCUCAUCACUCACGCCGUGCGCACGGACGAGCUGGACGCUAUCGAUGAGGAGGACUCUCUCACCAUGGACUCUUUCCCGGGACGGCGCUGAAAUCACAGUCAGCUGCUGACGUCCUGCAAAAAUCCACAACCUUAUGGUCCACUCAGCAUGACACUGAAGAGAUGUGCUGUGAGAGCACUAGAAACACCGCCACAAUAACUGUAGAAGUACGACAGCUACACAGCUAUGAAAAAGCCAAGGAUACAGUGCUGCCAGCGCACUUAGGCUUCAGUUACUUUAAUGUUGCUGGAAAAAAACUCCAGCCCUUUAUUAUUUCAAUUAAGGCUUCCCCAAAUGUCCAGUUUUUUUUUUUUUUUUGCUGCAACAUCUCAGUCAGCUUCAUGAAGGUUUGCAGGGAUCACCAGCAGGGUUUUCUGUGAAUGAACAGCAGGAAAACAUGUUUGUAUUCCUAUCCUGUCCUGUCAAAGCCAUCAGAUGGUCCCUGUGGUGUUUUCUGUUGUUUAGUAACGUGCUUUCAUAGUAUUAGCUGCAGUAUGUACACUGACAACCAGCACAUUUAAACUUUCCUCACAGCAAAUCUCUUGUUUUGCUUACCCUCUGCUAUAAUUCCUGCUGCUUAAUCAUUCUCAGUCCAUCUAUUAUCUGAUUACACAGAAAUAAAGAGUUGCAAAUGCAUUUUUACAGGAAUAACUCACUUUGAUUGUAGGUGGAGGUUGGCCAUACCUGCACAAGGAACUUUGACAGGCAUCAUGGUUUAAUCUACUGAAUGCUGCAGCACUAAAUUAUAGCUGUGCGUGUGUGUGUGUGUGUUGCUUGAUGUGGUUUUAAAUCAUAUACUUGCUAAAUUGCACUUUUAGGAUUGUUCUUCCGUGAUUCAGUCAGUGCAGAAAGUAACAUAAAAUAGAAGCUCCACAGCCCUUAGAGGAGAAGCAGACUUUCUGUGGUUGAUGCAAACAUUCCUUGAAGCGAACGGGCCUCUUUGGCUGCAAAUUAAGUGAUCUCAUCAAAAAUCAUUCUGGUUUGACCGUAUCGUCGUGUACCAGAAGAGAGAUGUGCACUGUACAUUUUAAUCACAGCACAAAAAAAAACAUGUUCUCACUUUUACCUCACUGUGACCACGAAGCUCCCUCUCUGUAUGUCUUUAUGGCCCUUGAUCACACUCAUUCCUUUUACUAGACAGUCAUGGAGGUUUUCCUCUUUGCAUGCAAUGCACUGUACAUAUGCACCCUGACAAGAUUUCACAGUGCCUUUUCAUUUUUAGCUGUGAGCACUGCAUGCUCACUUUUCCUCUCUCUCACCUGCUUAUUUUCCCUGAGUCAGUAAACAGUGAGCAUAUAUGCGGUUCACAGUGAUUAGCUGAAACCACCUAGCUGCAUGCUUGGUGUAAAGUAGCUUUUACUUCUGCCUUUUGGAGAAUUUAUUACUGGUUCUCUGCAUAUAAGGGAUUUUUUUGUUUUUUGCAUGCCUGCAUGAUUAAUGGAUGGCAGGAGAGGAAGAGAAUGAUGUUUACAGCAAGCUUUAACGUAAAACAUUGAAACUAUUUCAGGGCUGCCGACCAGCUUUUGAUUCAGAAUCUGUUUUGUCACGUAGCAAACAGAUUUGGAUCGCCGUUGUUCACCAUGUAUGAAUUCACAAACCAUGCUGGGACAUGGUUAAGACAUUUGCAUGGUACUUGUAGCACUUGUUUAUUUGUUUUUUUCUUUCUAACUUGCCCCAAACCCGGUCAAAGCUGGCAUCGCACACCUCGGGAUUUUUGUAUUUAUCACCUCGUACUACCUGCCACUGGACAGGAUCAAACAUCACAUCAGACUGUGAGCAUUUCUUGUUAAACCUAGAAGCUACAGAUGAGUAAUAUUGAUGCCAAGACUAGAAGAGGAUCAGUCAGAAAGUCAGAUCAGUUUUUCUUUGAAGAACCAGCUGUAAAAUAUUAGGAUAAGUAAGUGUUUGCUUUAUAGGUGGUUAGGGUAAAGGAUGAGACUGUCUUUUUUUUUCAGCGAGAAUGUCAUAGCUACAUAAGUGAAGCUCUGUAGUUGUGCGCUGAACAUAAAAUGUGAUCAUUGGCAUUCAUGUAUAAAGUGUAUUUUUUUUUAAAGGCAACAUGGAGAUGGGUAAUUUUAUCUUAUUCAUUUGUUUCCAUUGAUCGUUGUGGAUUAGUGUUAUGAAAAUAGAGUUUUUCAGUGUGGUUUUAUUUUAGUUUAUUGGUUUUUGAGUCUGUUUAAGUGGACACGACUACCUUUUUAUUAUUACAUUAGUCAUUAUUUUUGACCUGUUUUUAUUCUAGUGAACUCUCAGUAUUUUAAUACAAAUGUAAUGUCCACAACAGAUUUAGGUUUGAGAUUGGUACUUUUUACUCUAAAUAGAAUCGUGUCCCACAUCACACCAGCUGAGACGACUCAUUUGGACCUAAACUGUGUGAACACUUUGGUCUGUGCACAUUUUCAUGUAAGCCAAAACACUGAUGGAAUUUAAAUCUACACUGACAUCGGCCUUUUACUCGCUCUAAUGUUUAACAUUUAUUUGUCGACUACUUUGUAAUAUUUUGUACUGCAUUUAUGGGAGUUUUUGGUGACACUUCACCCUGCUACGACAUUUCUACCUACCUGGACCUUUUCCACCCAUUCAGUUUCCAUCCAUUCACCUUUACAUCUCAUUGUUUACUGUUUAUUAUCAUAAUUAUGUCCACCAUACAGUACACCUUACCUCAAAAGUACUGUCUUUUUGGAGCCCAGCAGUAGUAUAGUAUUCAAGACUACAGCUCACAUUAAUCAUCUGUUGUAAUACUGGAAAGUAGGUAAAAGUCCCGUUACAAUUUCCCAUAGUACAAGUUAAUAUAUUCAAAUUAAUAUAUGAUUACUGUACUGAAGCCAACUGUCAUAAAGAAAAAAACAACUCCUUAUACUUGAGAAUCUCAUAUUUUUAGUAUUUUUUUAUUAUAAAAUUACUUAAAUAUAAAUCGGUGAUUAAGCCCGGUAAAUAGUAGCACAUGAGAGAGAGAGAGACAGAAAAAACCGUUAAAGUCGAGUUUCCUUUGAACAAUAACACUGUGACUGGGAGCCAACACAAAAACACAGCAUAUAUUCAAACAUAGCGUUAAGAGUUCAUUAUCAGGAUCAACAUUUUUUUUUAUUAUUAACAUGAUCAGCAUCAUUUUAAUUUGCAUUACUAACCUCACAGUGUUUUAAGUUUUGUGAUAGUUAAACCCAGUAUGUGUUUGUGUUCAGCUGAGGGUUCUCUUUGUUUUUAUAGCCAUGUAACUGUUUAGACUUUUUUUGUUAUUCUGCCUGAUUUUAUAUCCAUUAAUCUGUAGCCUUAUUGCUUGAGAUGGACUGCCAGUGUUUUACAGAUUCAGAUGAGGCUCAUGUGUAAUGACUCAACAACAAAAUAAAGCAUGUUAAUUCACUCA